GAAUGUCAAGGGAUAGAUGAGGUGAGGUGAGAGAAUGUAACGUUACAUCCAAACAUCUGCUCGGAUUGUCCUUACUUACCUAUUGCAUGCUGGGACUGGUACGUCAUAGUGUCAUCAUGGCGGCCAUGAUGAUGGAGAUUGGUGGCGAGCCGCCGGUCACUGCAGAAUUAACGGAGGACAGUGAUUCAGGUAGUCCUGAAGCAGCUGCCAGUGCUGAGAAUGGAAGUGACAGUGAUGAAGAAAAUACACAGGUGUCUUCUAAGGAGGAGAAAAAGAGGCACGGCCAUCACGGUAAGAAGAAGCACAAGCACCAGAAGAAACACAAGAAACACAAACACAAGCAUUCCGAGGAGGAGGACCGGAGACGGAGGCACAAGCACAAGAAGAGGCGGCACAGUCAGGAGGAGGUGAAGGAGGGGGGUGCAGCACUGAAGAAAAUAAAGGUCAGGCUUCAACAUCCUGUCGAUGACUCGGCAAAUCUUGAGGAACUGGAGGAAGUAAAAGCUCGUAUCCAGGCCGAGCUGGAGAAGAACCACGCGGACGGCAGUAAGAUCAACGCCAUGGGUCUCAUCGCCCAGGGUUACGCUGGCACCGACGAGGAGGAAGAGGAAGGGGAGGUCAUUGAUUUGACAGAAGAUGACCCCAAAGUUCCCACGGACUCUGGGAAAUCACAGCAUGCAGACAACCAUUCGUCCAAAUCCCGACACAGGGGAAACAGGUCCACAUCCCCCAGGCACAAACCUGAGCGAGACAGAAGAAGAAAGUCGGGAGAAGACGUGAGGAGGAGAAGCAAGUCCCCAGACAGAGGUAGAGUUAGUCGUCGCAGUCGGUCCCCGGACAGAAAGUCCCGCGUGUCUCCUCGGAAAGAUAGGGAGGAGAGAGUCGUCAAGAGAAGUAAGUCCCCCAGGAAACGCAGCAUCUCACCAAAGAGAAGGAGUCGGUCUCCCCGCGAGAAGAGUAGAGUAAGGCGGCGCAGUAGUAAAUCACCCAGUACUCAGGACAAUAAUAGAGUAAAGAAGACCAGAUCUCCUGACAAAGUGGAACAGUCUUCUCAGGAAAAGACUAAAGAGGACUCAAAGAAAGCUGUAUCUCCCCAAAGAGCAUCCUCAAGACGUCAGAACAGUCGUUCCUUGGAUAGGGAAAAGGUUCGUAGCAGGACUCCAACAAAGAAGAGUAGAAGCCCCCCUGUCAGGAGACCAAGAAGUCCAGACCCUGUGGAUGAAAGGAAGAAAAGAAUAAGUCCAGCCCCCAACAUAAGACAACGGUCCCCCAUCAGACGCCGUUCAAGAACGCCACCAGGGAGGAGAAAGAGUCUGUCCCCAUUCGGCAGAGGGAGACCACGACGAUCGCCGUCACCAAGGAGAUUAUCGCGAAGAUCGCGCUCACCCAUGGGAAGACGGAGGUCUCCUUUGCGACGGAGUCGGUCGGGGUCUCGACACAGAUACAGGAGGAGGUCCCACUCCAGAGAUCGGGAUAGAAGACGCAGGAGCAGGUCACCCGAGGACAAGUUCAAGGGAAGCUUGUCUGAAGGCAUGGCCAUGAAGAAGGAAGACUCCUCGGAUGAAGGUUUGGAAGACUUUGAGAUUCCUGAUGAUGAUGAAGACGAGGAGGCAAUCAUCGAACGUCGCAGGAAGGAGAGACUUGCAAUUCUACAGAAAUAUCAAAAAGAGAGCUCAGACAACAGCGGGUCUGUGUCCACACCUCUACCAACAGACUCUGAUGAGGACUCUGACAAUGACGGAGCGAACACCCCUGACAGCGUGCUGGUCGGGGACCGGGCGGCAGAAGACUUUGCCCAGGACGCUAAGAUUGAGGACGAUUUCGAGGCCUCCAUCAAUGCAAAGCUGAGCACUAUUACUGGAGCUGUGAAGAAGGGUGCUGAGGAGACAGAGGACUCUACGGGGAGUGGUGGAAACGACAUGUUCACAGAUGACAUCUUCGGAGAUAAGGGCUCAGGCUCUGGUGGUCGGAUGAUCCACGAAGCUACAGACAAUCCUCAUCUUACAGAGAACUGGGAUGACCAGGAGGGAUAUUACCGUGUGCGUAUCGGUGAGACACUGGACAGGCGGUAUGUCGUGUACGGCUUCACCGGGCAGGGAGUCUUCAGCAACGUGGUGCGAGCAAGGGACGAGGCUCGCGCCAAACAAGACGUCGCCAUCAAGAUUAUACGGAACAACGAGAUGAUGCACAAGACUGGUCUGAAGGAGCUGGAGUUCCUGAAGAAGUUGAAUGAUGCUGACCCAGAAGACAAGUUCCACUGUCUCCGUCUGCUGCGAGACUUCUACCACAAGAACCAUCUCUGCUUAGUGUUUGAGCCACUCAGCAUGAACCUACGGGAGGUUCUAAAGAAGUACGGGCGAGACGUGGGCCUGCACGUGAAGGCGGUGCGCUCCUACUCCCAGCAGCUCUUCCUGGCGCUCAAGCUUCUCAAGCGCUGCAACAUCCUUCAUGCUGACAUCAAACCUGACAACAUUCUGGUGAAUUCAUCAAAGGUAGUGUUGAAGCUGUGUGAUUUUGGUUCAGCUUCACACAGCGCUGACAACGACAUCACCCCCUACCUGGUCAGUAGGUUCUACAGGGCCCCGGAAAUCAUUAUAGGGAAAGGCUACGACUUUGCCAUAGACAUGUGGAGCGUGGGCUGUACCAUCUAUGAACUGUACACGGGGAAGAUCCUGUACCCGGGGAAGACAAACAACCACAUGCUGAAGCUGAUGAUGGACCUGAAGGGGAAGAUCCCCAACAAGAUGAUCAGGAAGGGCAUGUUCAAGGACCAACACUUCGACCCUCAGUGCAACUUUAUGUACGUGGAAGUAGACAAAGUCACACAGAGGGAAAAGGUGACCGUGAUGACAUCCAUCAACGCCACGCGGGACCUGAUGGCGGACAUGCUGGGGUACUCGCGCCUCCCGGAGGACCAGAUGCGCAAGCUGACCCAGCUGAGCGACUUCCUCCACAAGGUCCUGAUGCUGGACCCCUCCAAACGUAUCUCCAUCAACCAGGCCCUCACCCACCCCUUCAUACAGGAGAAAAUAUAACUUAACCACUAGCAGGUUUUUCCUCACAGAUAGAUAAGACUGUAUAAUACAAGAAACAGGCUAAUGUGUUGCACAACAUUACAACUAGUGCAACAUGGUGCUUGGAAAGCAGGCAUAACAAAGACAGUGGUGUCCAUAGAUCAGUAUGUUAUCCAGGUAAAUGUGUGUAGAAAUUUUAGUACAUGUAUGUGUAUAUGUAUUUGUUCGUAGGGGAGGAACAUUAGACCAACAACUUGGCCAGGGCAAUGAUACUACUUUGCUAUUUUCUUUCACUGAUUUCAACGAAUCUACUUGAUUUAUUGUACGUAGGCACAAAAUUGAAUGAUAGAAAAAGGAAAAAAAUUGUUCAUGGUAUUUUAACAAUACCCUAGACACAUCUUUGUUUCUAAGUUAGGAUAUGGUGUUUCAGGUUUAGGAAAAUUUAGCGGAAACGGUGACAAGAGUGGACUUUUGUCUUAUUGCUAUCAUUAUGGAACAUUAAGAUGAGAUGGUCUGGAUAGCAGACAAAAAACAUAAGAUGUGCCUAUAAUUAAUCCAUAAGGAUUGUCAAUGACCUGUUUAUUUUGUUGCAUCUUGUUUAUGAUUUUACAGAUCAGCAUGUAAAGAGGUUUUUCUUCUGGCCUGAGUCAAUACCAAGGGUAAUUCAGAUUUAUUAUACCUGUACUUAAAACUUUACUUGUCACCCAUGCAGAAUACUUGUUUUGCAGAUGUUUGUUUUUGCUGUAGGUGGCACCCUCUCUGCGAGACCAAGUCCCCGCCGUGUGGUCGGACAGCCUACCAGCCUCUGCGCAUCCAAAAUGCCGAAUUUGGUUGGGCGGUCUCACACUAAGGUAACACGCACAUGCCCUCCCACAGAAAUAGUGUUGAAUGGCAUCUGACCACAUGGCAGUGGAUUCUGUCUCAUUGAGGGUGCCUGCAUGAGUGUUUUUUCUUUUCUGUGAGAGAAAAAAAAAGACGGUUGUUGACGAAUCAUAGAACCUUAUCCUAACAAUGCUCAUGUUGGCUGUGAUACACGUUGCAACUGAAAGCAAAGAAGCAAAGUACUAAACAAAAGACUAAUAUGAUUGAAUAGGUAUUUAGAAAUGGUUAUGGUUAGUGCAACAGUAUCUAGCCUGUAUGAGCAUUGUUAAUAGAGUUUAUACUUAAGAUUGUUGUGGAUGUAGUAGAGACAAUGUCAGCACCUGUAUGUGUAGCUAAGUCCCUCCUCUCUCAGCGGACUCGUGCUGUACUCAACAGUAAGUACCAAACUCGACUGUACUUAACUAGAGCUACCCAAACUGACAAGGCACCACGGUGUUUAGAAUUGCUGUGUACUCAGUGUUAUUAACUAUCAUGAAUACACCAAGUAACAAACAGACAUGGUGACUUGUAAGGUGGAGGCAUUGGCUGUGACGCAUAUAUGACGACGAAUAUGUUGAGAAUAAAAUGCCGUCUGCAAAAAAUCUUGGACUGAAUUGUUUUGUAACACUCAUUCCCCUUUCUUAGCACAGAGCUUCUUGGCUGACCAAAUCUUGACAAGAUUCAAACACAUUUGUAAAACAGAAGUUCUUGUUUCUAACUUUUUGUAUUCUAAGGGUAAUUUGAUCAGUAAAUUCUGUGUGUGAACAGUUUACUUUACAAGCCAGAGCUCUGUGGAAUCUUGUCCUUGAGAGAACUCAUAGUGCAUCAGGAACUAACUUCAGACUUUACCUUUUGCAUAUGUCCUCCCCACAAUGUUGGAUGGAGUACAAGAAGAGCCUACUCCUGUCCAGGGCGUGGCCACGGAUUGAGCCGUACGGAUCUCCUUAAGGAACCCAGUCCAGCCUCUGAAGGUGUUAUAGGCAAGGGACUGCCGACAGAUACCUCAUGACCUAUCCGUAAUGCUUUGUUCUAUGUUCCAAUCUUUUGGGUGUAUUGACCUACAUAUUCCAUGGCCGUAGUUGCUCUUUGCAUGAAGGUUCCAUUCAGUUAUCUUAUGGGAUGUACGUACUCAAACUUAGUCAACUUGAAAAGUAGAAAAGAAACCUGCUCCCUGAAUAACUCUUAAAACUUUUGAAGCGAUCAAACAAACUAGUAUGCAGAGUUUCAUUGAAAAGGAAAGUUCAUAUGCAAACCUAUGCACUUAAGUAAGUUUCUCCAACCUUUCUAUUGCUGACCUGACAAUGACAAUGUGUCCAUAUAAAUUGCAGGGGCCAGUGAAGUUACAAACCACACAGUUGUGCUCCCAAGAUUUACAGCUUGUGCAAUCUGUGUAUUUUACAUGUUUUCUCUCCACAACAGAAAGGUGCAAGGAAGUAAUGUUCAUGUAUUUUCCAGUCACAAGCAUAUCUACACUAACACUCCACCCGUGUGUAUAGAAGUCAAGCAAUGAUAAACAAUGAUCCUUUGCCGCACUUUUAACUGUUACUGAGUUGCCACCCUCUGCAUCUGUUGCCAAGUAAAAGUUGGAAAGAAAUCCUCGCAGUACAGCUUUGUAACAUUGUUGUACAGCUUUGGUUCUAGUUAAUGAAUGUCUUAAAGAUAAAUCAUAUAACAGUCAAAGGUAAUAGAUAAGAGUUGGUGUUUAUGUUAGCUUUUAUCAAAAACCUCUAAAGAGUAGGAUACAUCUAUGCAGAUUUGAGAUCAUUAAUUGUCCCGAUGCAUGAUUUAUCUUUAAAGACAAAAAGAAGGAAGAGAAAGGUCUGUAGAAGUUGGCAGCUCACUUUUACGAUCUCAACAAUGGAAGGAGAUAAACGUGUCUUCACUUUCUGUCUUCCACAGGUCAAGAAGGAACCCCCGAGAAGGAGCCCAGAACAAUAAGGUUUCUGAUAAGAUAGUCUGAUAAGCCAUUUUCAGCUUCAGUAAAAUGCUGUCAAAAUCACUUUGCUAACAUCCCCCACAAAAGUGAACAGCAAAUCUGCUGUAUUUUACCAUGUUUAUGUCUUGUGUGUGAUUAUUUUUUUCAUCAAACAGUACCCUAUAAAUUACAAAGCAGUUUGAGCAAGUUUCAUGCAAUUUCUUCAUCCAAUGUACAAGCUAUGAAGCUCCAGAUAUUUGAGGUCCGUAAGCUUUGUUUGGAAUUUUUGAAAACAUUGUAGAGUUCGAUUGGAACAAGUUUUUGUGGCUAUAGUGUUUCAGUGUCACCGUUCAUCAAAAUACAAGUCAUAAUUUGAUGCAUAAUGAAAUUGACAAUUGACCCAAAAUCUACCUUCUGGUACGCAAACCAGGGCUGUCUCCAUCUCCUUUGUUAGGGAGCCCAAAUUUUCAUUGUUAGAUUUGUCAUUUUUAGCUUACAAAGAUACAUGUAAAUUUUCUUCAAAUCCAAGUUAUAAAGUUCAUAUAUUGACCCUCAGGGUAAAAUUUUUGUCCAUCCCAACAAGUAAAUUUCCGUCCCUGAACAGAGGAACAGGUCCUGGAGACAGCUCUGAUACAAACAGAAAAACAAUGGGAUAAUUUUGCUGUUUUGCUGCCACUACCGAAAGUUUCCUUGCAGCUGUAAUGGAUCCUUCCAAACAUCUUACAAUAACCCAGGUUUGUGCUGCUUCCUCCUGUCCUGUUCUACAGGUGAGUUAGGGAAGGUGAGUGACUUCCUUCAUCAACAGCCUACCACCUCAGGCGUACAGUUAGAACGUCAAGGACACAGAAGAAGGACCAAGUGUGUGAAGAUGAUGCUCCGACCGUUGUGUAGGAAACUUUAAGCAGCAGCAUUCUCUACAAAUCAUUCUCUUGGUUUCAAAUAUUUUUUUUUUUUUUAUAGUGAAGAAGCUGGCAGCAUAUUAAAGGCCAUACUGAUUUGCUUAUAUGGAUGACAUCCCCUGGGCAUCCUUAAAUUGAUGCAAGCAUUUU